CGUCGACGACGACGUCCCAAUCCAAAAAUAGACGCCUCUUCUUUAAGUGCGAGUAGCCAUUUUAGCGUGCGUUUUCCGUAAAGUGGUUUAUAUCGGGAGUUUUUUCAAGUGCCCCCAAUUUGCGAUUGUUAAUCAACAACAUCGAAGGAAAACAACCCGAAUCAGAAGUGAAAUAACGAGAUUUCCCCCCUUUUUAUUUUAAACACAGAUUAAACCAUGCCAAUAGAUAGAAGCAAAGACUCCUCCCCAAUAAACAACGAUUCCUCAUCAAGCACAACCCGCACAAAAGGUCGCCCACCAUGGGUUAAAGAAACCCCAAAUCCUUUACCAACACCCACAAUGCCAUGGACAUUAAACAAACGCAACAGCUUAAAAGAAAACGCGGAAGAAUCAUCGAAAUUAGUAGUCCCAAAAUUACGAAAAGUCGUUAAAUCCGAUCAACAAGAAAACGGAAAUGGCAAAAAAGAAACGACCACGUUUCAAAAACCCCAAUUAAAACCGGUCCCCCCAAAAGAAACCACUUUGCAAUCGAAGGAGGUUAAAAUUCCUAUUCCGAAAUUAAACAGUGUUAAAGAUCGCGAAUUGGCGCCGUUGAAACGAAACUCUGUGGCCGGGGAGGAUUAUUUACCCGAUAAUAUUGAUAAGGCCGUUCCUGCUACAAGAAACGCGUUGGUUCGGCAAGAAAGUAUGAAGAAAUUCGGGGUUCCCAAUGCUCCACCUUUACCACCACCUGCUCCGGCUCUACCUGAUCUAUCUGAAGCGACUAAUCUAUCAAAUAAACAGAAGGAGAAGCUUGAUAUGUUAAGGCAAAGACCAAAACAUCGUCCAGAUUGGACCCAAAUGUUGAAAGAUUUAGAAAAAGGAGCCCGAUUGAAGCACGUGGAAUGCAACGACAGAUCGAAACCACUCCUCCCCAAAGUGAAAUCAAAGGGCCAAUUCAUUUUUGAGAGUGAGAAUCACCAGAAAAAUGAUCCACAUCACGAUUUGUUGAAGCAAAUCGAGCAAGGAGUCAAAUUGAAGAAAGUUAAGACUAAUGAUCGCUCGAAACCGAUUCUGGAUGGGUUGAGGAAGUUUAGGCGGCAAAUGACGAUUGAGGAGCAAAUUAUUAAGUCGCAAUCGAUGGCCAGCAUACCACCUGAAGAUGUACCAGAUGAGUCUGAUGAAAUGGAUGAUAUUGAUAAAGUUAGGGAUGAUUUGCAAAGUACAAAGCAGUUAUUAGCGUUUGAGAUGAGGAAUAAAGAGGCUCAAAUACGAGAGAAUAAAAAGUUAUUGGCGAAAAUCCAACAAUUAGAAGCGGAAUUAGAGAAGCACGAAACCAGAAAUGAGGGUGGAGGAGUGAUAAAUAGUUCAACAAAUUCAGAAGCAGAUCAAAAAUUAAUAACAAGUCUAAAACAAGAAGCCCAAGAAGCGCGCAAAACGAGCGAAGAACUGGAAAAGAAAUAUUCGCAAGCAACCGAAGAAUUAGACACGAAAAAAACCGAACUCGAAGAAGCCAAAAAACAAAAUCGCGAACUCGAACGAAAACUCCAAGAAUACUUAACCGGAAAACGCCAAUCAAUCCCACAAAUCAACAACGACCAAGAAGAAGAAGAAAUUUACGAAGUCUCCGAAUCCGAAUCAGAAGGAAGCGACAACGAAGAAAAACGCGAACGUCGCGCUCAACGCGAAGUAAAAAUGUUUAGAAACAAACUACGCAGCUGCAAAAACAAACGAGACAACGCCAAAAAAGAGCGAGUCGCAUUAAAAGAACAAGUCAAAACCCACCAAAAAUGCAUCAAAGAAGAAAAGAAAAAAUACAAAGCCUUACAAAAAGAAGUCGACAAAAUGGCGAAAUUAAUGAAAGAAUCGAGCGAAGAUGAAGACGAAGACGAUUCGGAUCAAGACGAAGACGAAGAAAGCAAAGAAGAGAGUGCGAGUGAAAGCGAAGAAAGUGAAUCGAGCGAAUCCGAAUCCUCCGAAGAAUCGGAAACCGAUUCGGAAGCAUCUCACAGCGAACCGGAAGACGCCCCAACCGACAAAGUCAAAAAUAAUCUAUCCCACCGCGUUAAACGACACGAAAACAUGUUGGCCGCGUUGAAAAAAGGAAAUUUAAUGUUAAAAGCGAACGUCGAGAGGCUACAAGACGAUCUUAACAAACAAAAAGAUCUUACGAUGGCGUUACAAGAAGAUUUAGAUUCGGUUUUAGCCGAAUUAGGUUAAAACGAUUUUAUUUAAUUUUUUUUUGAUUUAUAUUUAUUAUUAUUUGCAUUUCUCAUUUAAUUACGCUUGAUUUGUAUAUACCCAGUAAGAAUUGAUUUAUCGGAAAAAAAAACUAACUGUUUUAGUGUUUAGUACUUUUUAUAAAGGACUUAUUGUUUUGUUUACAAUUAGAAGGUUAAAAUGUAAGCAGAGGAAUGGGGUUUAAUAAACGAUUAUUUAGUGGA